AUGGGUAUGUCCAUUUUCCUGUCGCUCGGCCUCUUUGCCCACAGAUUCGUUAACCUGUCCGCUAGACAUAAGCGCUCUGCUUCGGGAGCCCAGCGUGCCCACUACCGCAAAAAGAGAAAAUUCGAGCUCGGUCGUCAGCCCGCUAACACCAAGCUCGGAGCAAAGCGCAUCCAUACCGUCCGUGUCCGUGGUGGAAACCACAAGUACCGUGCCCUUCGUCUUGACACGGGCAACUUUGCUUGGGCUUCUGAGCAAGUCACGCGGAAGACCAGGAUCAUUGGUGUCACGUACAAUGCCUCGAAUAAUGAACUUGUGCGAACGAAUACCCUCGUCAAGAGUGCCAUUAUCCAGGUCGACGCGACGCCCUUUCGGCAGUGGUACGAAGCCCAUUACGCCCAACCUGUGACUAAGAAGGGAAAGUCUCAACCUGCCGCGGAGGAUGCGGAGCCUAAAAAAGUAUCUAACCACGUCAAGCGUGUAUUGGAAGAGAGGAAGAAGGGCAAGUUGCUUGCACAUGCGAAGAUUGAUCCUCUUUUGGAGUCUCAAUUUGCUGCUGGCCGUCUGUAUGCUGCCAUUUCUAGCCGACCGGGGCAGUCUGGCCGUGCUGACGGCUAUGUUUUGGAGGGUAGAGAACUCGAGUUUUACCUCAGGAAGAUUAGGACAGGCAAGCAGAAGCAUGCGCAUGCUGCUUAGAUUACUCUGGUCUAUCAUUCGCGUCUGCGAGGGAGGAUAACAUUGCGUGUUGUGAUAUCUUAUACUCCGUAUGCCGUGACCUACUGUAUGAAAUCUAUUUGCUUGCGCUAUGCUGUCACAAUACAAUAUGCUCGUUAUGGUGUGAAUGUAUUCUUUGAUACGGCUUCUGUAAGAAUGCGAUAC